AGGAGACGGAGUGUGGGGCAGGGCCAGCUUAAGGCUGCCAGCUCCAGGCGGUGGGGAAAUCCAGAGGGCAGCAGCCUGCACUGUAGACGGCCCUUGCUCACUGCCUGCCUGCAGCCAGCUCUGUACAAGGCAGAAUGGCUCCGAGGACAGGUGGCCCAGCCCUGGUGGUGCUUCUGGCUUUCUGGGUGGCACUGGGCCCCUGUGACUUGCGAGGGACAGACCCUGGAGCAUCAGCAGAUGCUGAGGGCCCCCAGUGCCCCAUCAUCUGUAUCUGCAGCUAUGACGAUUACACGGAUGAGCUCAGCGUCUUCUGCAGUUCCAGGAACCUCACACAGCUGCCUGACGGCAUCCCCGUCAGCACCAGGGCCCUGUGGCUUGAUGGCAACAACCUCUCCUCCAUCCCCUCGGCGGCCUUCCAAAACCUGUCUAGCUUGGACUUCCUCAACCUGCAGGGCAGCUGGCUGAGGAGCCUGGAGCCACAGGCACUGCUGGGCCUGCAGAGUCUCUACCACUUGCACCUAGAGCGGAACCUGCUCCGGAGCCUAGCUGCCGGCUUGUUCACGAGCACACCAAAUCUAGCUUCCCUUAGCCUGGGCAACAACCUCCUGAGUCGGCUAGAAGAGGGGCUGUUCCAAGGCCUUGGUCACCUUUGGGACCUCAACUUGGGUUGGAACAGCCUAGUAGUAUUGCCUGACACAGCGUUCCAGGGCCUGAGCAACCUCCGUGAGCUGGUGCUGGCUAGCAACAAGCUGGCUUACCUGCAGCCGGCACUCUUCUGUGGCUUGGGUGAGCUGCGGGAGCUGGAUCUGAGCAGGAAUGCGCUGCGCAGCAUCAAAGCCAACGUCUUCACUCACUUGCCCAGGCUACAGAAGCUGUACCUGGACCGCAACCUCAUCACAGCUGUGGCCCCCCGUGCCUUCCUGGGCAUGAAGGCACUGCGUUGGCUGGACCUAUCACACAACCGAGUGGCCAGCCUCCUGGAGGACACCUUCCCAGGCCUGCUGGGCCUGCAUGUCCUGCGCCUGGCACACAAUGCCAUCACUAGCUUGCGGCCUCGUACUUUCAAAGACCUCCACUUCUUGGAGGAACUGCAGCUUAGCCACAAUCGGAUCCGGCAGCUGGGAGAGAGGACAUUCGAAGGCCUGGGGCAGCUGGAGGUGCUGACGCUCAAUGACAAUCAGAUUCAUGAGGUCAAGGUGGGUGCCUUCUUUGGCCUCUUCAAUGUGGCUGUUAUGAACCUCUCUGGCAACUGUCUGAGGAGCCUCCCAGAGCGGGUGUUCCAAGGUCUGGGCAAGCUGCACAGCCUCCACCUGGAGCACAGCUGCCUGAGCUGCAUCCGCCCACACACGUUCGCCGGCCUCGCAGGGCUGCGCAGGCUCUUCCUCAGGGGCAACAGCAUCUCCGGCAUCGAAGAACGGAGCCUGGAAGGGUUGUCUGAGCUCCUGGAGCUGGACCUCACCGCCAACCAGCUCACACACCUGCCCGGCCAGCUUUUCCGGGGCCUUGGCCAGCUGGAGUACCUGCUUCUCUCGCACAACCAGCUGUCGGUGUUGUCCCAGGAUGUCCUGAGCCCGCUGCAGCGCACCUUCUGGCUGGACGUCUCCCACAACCGCCUGGAGGCGCUGGAGGAAGGCCUUUUCUCACCGCUGGGGCGGCUGCGCUACCUCAGCCUCAGGAAUAACUCUCUGCAGACCUUUGCGCCACAGCCCGGCCUGGAGCGCCUGUGGCUGGACGGCAACCCCUGGGACUGCCGCUGUCCGCUCAAGGCCCUGCGGGACUUUGCCCUGCGGAACCCCAGCGUUGUCCCCCGCUUUGUUCAGACUGUCUGUGAGGGGGAUGACUGCCAGCCGGUGUACGCCUAUAACAACAUCACUUGUGCUGGCCCAGCCAAUGUCUCAGGCCUUGACCUACGAGACAUUAGCGAAACACAUUUUCUGCACUGCUGACCCUGGCUACUUCCUGGCCUGGUCUGGCCGAACGCUGCCUUGUAGUCGGGACAGUGUCUCAUUGUUACCAGAAUAAGCUGGCUCCCAAAGCCAGUGGGGAUGGAGAAUACCCGCCCAUCUCCAGGGGACAGGUCCUGGCUGCUCACUUCCUGCAAGCUGGGCAGUACUGGCAGCUAUGUGGCCUAAAAGGGUGGGCACAGGCUAAGUGCCCAAGGGCCCAGCCAGGAGGGGAAGUGCUCAGCAGCACUCCCUGCUGGCAGCAAUUAAACGCAAGCGCUAUGCAAA